CGUUUCACACACGUUGCUGGCACGGGCGCACGGAGCUCGCGUAUUCAGACAACAAACGCUCGCUCGUGCACCAGCGAAUGCUGCCAUGAAUCCCGAAAAGAAUCCUCACAAGAGCGGGUCCCCGAAGUCGUCCAAAUCGCGGAGCUCACCCAAGCCGUCCAAGUCGCCUAAAUCACCCAAGUCGCCGUCGAGCUUACCCAAGUCUCCCGAUCCGCAGGGCCCGGGCCAGGCUCGGAGGGCCAAGCGUGGCAGGUCCAGGAAACGCCGCGGCCACACCGAAGAACGCGUCUAUUCUACCAGCCCCAGCUCGCCGUCGCCUCAGCCAGCGAAGAUUUCCCGCCCACCUCAAGGUCAAAAGCAGGGUCACACCAUGGGUGAACGAAGCACGACUUCGCUCGAAAGGCGUGGCUUCACUCCUCCGUCAGGCACAUACUCCUCAUUUCCGUCCCUGGCAUCGGUUCGUGCCAAGGCGUCUAUCACUGGGAAGCUCUUGACACCCUUGCUAGGUGUCAUUGUGCUGGGCGCAAUUUUGUUUGUGUUUGUGCGCCUGGCCCGCUGGCGGAAGCCGAGCAGCCUACACACGCCAUCAUGCGGGAGCCAGUCCUGCCAGCGAUACAGGGAGCUCCUGGAGGAUGCCAUAGACGAGAACUCCAAGCCUUGCGACGACUACUACGCGCACGUAUGCAGCUUGUGGACGAAAUCGCACGAGAGGUCAGUGCAGCGCGUAACUCUGGAGCACUUCAUCAACAGUGCCGUCGAGAGGCUCAAGAUGCCGCUGCCGAUUAAAAACGCGGUCAGGUGGAAAGGCACGAUGUUCUUCUCCUCUUGCCUCAGCGUUGCCAACGAGUCCAACGUGCCCAGUGUGAAGAAGCUCCUCGCCGAUGGCGGCAUCGUGUGGCCAAGCAAGAACACAAAUCCUGACUUCCUCAACGCUCUUUUCUAUAUGUCGCAGCGCCUCUUUGCACCCGUAUUCUUCCGGCUUACGACUGAGAAUGGUGGCAAUGCGCUCGCGGUCCGCCAGAGCAGCGAGUUUCUCGAGAACCUGCGAACACUGCGCAGGCAUAUAAAGACUCGUCACCUGCGCGAGCACUUAAGGGUCACGUACGAGGCUUUCGAUGCGCUCGACGAAACCAGGCUCAGGGAAAUUGUCGAUCGCUUCGACCACUUGGAAGAGUUCCUCGACAUGUACUUCAACGCCAGCUGGCCUAACACCACCACGUCGACUGACGUUCCUGACGUACGACAUGGAGUCCUUUUUCCGACAGACGCCGUCAGUGUCUCGUGACAGGUGGGACUCCAUGUUGAACCGUUAUUUCGGCGCCUCG